CGCCGCCGCGAUGCCCAACUUCUCCGGCCACUGGAAGAUGCGGAGCUCCGAGAACUUCGAGGAGCUGCUCAAGGCGCUGGGGGUCAACGUGAUGCUCCGGAAGAUCGCCGUGGCUGCGGCCUCCAAGCCGUCCGUGGAGAUCAAGCAGGACGGAGAACGCUUCUACAUCAAGACCUCAACCACAGUGCGCACCACCGAGAUCAGCUUCAAGGUCGGAGAAGAGUUUGAGGAGCAGACGGUGGACGGGCGACCCUGCAAGAGCUUGGCCAAAUGGGAGAGCGACAAUAAAAUGGUGUGUGAGCAGCGGCUGCUGAAGGGGGAGGGCCCCAAGACAGGCUGGUCCCGAGAAAUGACCAACGACGGGGAUCUCAUCCUGACGAUGACUGCCGAUGACGUGGUUUGCACCAGGAUCUACACCCGGGAGUGAAGCCUGUUUGUGUGUGUGUGUGUGUGGGAGG